AAACUAUAAACUAUGUUAUAUAAUUCUCUUGUCACAAAUAUAACCAACAAUUCUUAGAAACAUCGUAAAUUUCAAUAACAAAUUAAGUAAACGCGAGUUAUCUUUACAAAAUGUCUAAGAAAAUUGUGGAUAUCAGGGAUAUCGGCCCUUUCUUACAAAUUUUCCGUAAUUUUUUACUGGGGCGUAAGCAUACGCUUGCUGUGAGGUUCGAAAAGGACCUGGUUACAAGAUCGCCUCCACCACCAGCUCUUCCCGAUGGUUGUGCUCAUCUCCUGAGUGCGAAUUAUUAUUGCACUCGUGAUGCUCGCCGCGAAGUCAAACCGCCCGUAGAGGUUCCAAAUCAGAGUUUGUUAGAUGCCUCCUGUGAAAAAAUUAAGAUUCCAACACCUGGCAAGAUUUACAAGUGGGACUAAAAUAUGAAGAACUCAAGACAAAUUAAUGUAGAAUAUUUAAAGAAAUUGUAAUUAUGUAUAAUAAAUGAUUUAAACAGCUAAAAUAAA